UACACUUUGUAACGACGAUUCGCUGCUGCAGACUGUUGAAGACAUUUUACAAUAAUACACAGCUAAAGUCGCACUAAAGGAAAGCCACAGAACAAAUGCACCGUCCUCAAUCUUUAUACAUCCACGUUGUAGGGAAUUAGUGUUGCUUAACACGGGAGUCGACUUGUAGCUGUGUGAUCCAGAGAAACUAUAACUUACGUAAGAUGUCGAGCGUUCUGGACUGAGGAAUAAAAUAACACCGCCACCGCGGUCAGUUCCUGUCCAGACACAACGGUCCACAUCAUUUGGACCUUGGGCUCUGGGCUUGACUAGUAUGAAGAUGGCAGAUUCAGUAAAUACAGGAGAAUUUGUUGAUGCUGAGUGUCCCACUGAGUGCCUUGAUGAAGCAGAAACAGUCACAGCUUCUAUUCAAGAAGAGCAGGAAGAUCAACAAAAGAGUGAAACCUCCACCAGCAUCACUUCCACUCAAAGGGAUAAGGAUGGAGAGAGCCUUUUGCACACAGAGAGUGAACAGAGCCUGCUGUCUAUGCCAUGCCUGAUGAAGGAGCUCCGAAGAGACUCAGCAGGGUCUCAUCAAGCCUCUUCCAGUAGUGACAACAAGGUUGUGUCUAACCGUGUUUAUGAAAGCGACUCUUCAAACCCUUGUAUGCUGUCUCCAUCCUCUAGUGGGCACCUUGCUGACUCAGACACACUCUCAUCUGGGGAAGAAGUAGCUGCCCCUCCAGCAUGUGAAGGUGAAGACAACAUGGAAGCUUUACCUGAUUCAGAACAGUCAGUUGAUCAGCCAUCUUCCUUGGCAACUGGAGGCAGAAAGUCUCGCCGCUCUCGGUCAGAGAGUGACAUGCUCUCCAAUGCUAUGGCUGCAAAGAAAAAUCGAUGCCAGACAACUGCAGAAGCAGCCAUGGGACAGGAAAAACAAAUGAAUGGCAAAGUGGGAAAGGUGAAAGGGCACCGGAGCCAAAAACACAAGGAGAGAAUGCGUUUGCUCAGGCAAAAACGAGAGGCAGCAGCAAGGAAGAAGUACAACCUGCUGCAGGACAGCAGCACAAGUGACAGUGAGGUCACCUGUGACUCCAGCACCAGCUCCUCUGAUGAGGACGACGACACCUCUGGAGGUAGCAAGACAAUCAGGACAGAUAUUCCAGACGGGCCACCAGUAGUUGGUCACUAUGAUAUUUCAGGCACUGAUUCUAACCAGGAGAGUAUGAGUGUCGAGGCUGCCCGGCCCAGCGUGAUAAGGCAUGAGCUAAAAACACACAGAGGCCAAGUUAUGGCAGUACACUCUGGGUGUAUAAGAGCUCUGAGCUCACUCUCAGGCCAUCCAGAUGCACAUCUUUUGCACAAGGAAAGUUCCCAACACAAGGGCCAGAUUAGUAUCGCCUCUUCUGACAGUGAGGUGGAAAUUGUGGAUGUGCAAGAGAAAGCACGGGGUGCUCAUCCAUAUGGAGGGGUGAUAAAGAGUUUGUCCUCAUGGAAAGAAAAUCCCGUAACUCAGAUAACCAGCACAAAUCAGCCACAGCUUUGGACUUCUCCACAGCCAAACUGGGUUUCUCCACCGGAAGUAGUAGACCUCACCCUAGACGAGGAUAACGGACACAAGUACCUGCUUUAAACCUAUACUAAAGACAUUUUUGAAUUCCCUUCCUAGUCCUUGCCUCACCUUCCUGUUACAGUUGGGAUUCUUGCUCAGCUUGGAGCUUUGGCUGCAACCUCUGGAGUCUGUCUGCUCCUGUGCACUGUUGAACAAGCAUGUAUUAAAGCCAUUCUACUGAUCUAACGUGUGGUGUUGAGCUGCUAACCAUAAACUUAGUUAAAAACAACACUAAAAUGCAGCUCAAAAUAUGAUAAAAGAGCAAUAUCUUAAAUUGAAUACAAGUGGAAAGAUAUAUUAUACAAAUUUACAUUGAAAUGGUGGCAGCUGGUACACUUUGUAUAGAUUGAAGACAUGGCUUUUUACAUGUCUACCAUUAAUAGUUUUAUUAUAGUCUUAUCACUGGGUUUUCAGUACUGUUAGCAUUGUUGGUGAGAGUGUAAAGUUAUUAUUAUUUCCCUGAAAGUAAGUUGAAACACCUAAACACUGUCUGACCAAAACAUCACCACCUGGAUUAAUUUUAGCAAAGGUAAUAGGAUAUGUAAGGACUGCAUUUUGAGCAACUUUAUUGUAUCCAAAGAAUGAGGGCAGCUAACUAUAUCUGAAUACUGAACAAGGUCAUUUCUCAAACAGGUUUUACUUCCCUGCUGGCACAAACAUAUUAAAUGUACAAGAUUACAAGUGUCAAUAUUUACUGUGCUCAAAAUUUGUUUCUGGGAGAAUAAAAUUCCCACAAUUUUAACCACACUGUGGAGACUUCCAGAUAAAAAUGUAGCGCACUAAUAAUUUGUUGAAUUGCAAAUUGCACCACCUUCAGCCUAAACUGUGAUUACAGCAGGCAUUUGCUGUGACAUUGUCUGAUGAACACAGCGUGCCAUCAGGGAAGAAAGAAACUGGAAUUGGAAAAAUGGAAUAACCUAGUCAAUAUAUUUGAUAAUCAAAUGGCCUCUUUAUCUGGGCACAUAAUGUUGUUGAACAUGCGGUAAUCGUCUAUCAACCUAUUAUAUCAUAAAACAUGAGUACACGUCCCUUUACUCUUGUAGCAUCAUUCUUUUAAACCCUUUCAGUGUGCUUUGAGAGUAUGAUCCUACUGUACAAUCAGAACUAGUUGCACUUAGGAUUUGCAUGCUUCUUGUUGGUGGAUGCAAGCCCCUUUAAUCUCUGGGCACCUUUAAUAAAAUAUAUCUUCCUUGAAUUCUACAACGGAAGAUGGACUUGAAUGCCUUGACAAUGUGCACUUUUUACUUUUUGUACAAGUACUUAGAACAAACUUGUUAUUUUUUCAAAAUUGUUAUCUCAAAAACUUGUAUAGAUGGAUAAAACCAACCCAGGGCUUUUGGUGAAAAGACAUUAAUUUUAACCCAAUACAAAGGACAGACCGUCAUUGACAUAGCAUCAAUUAUACACUGUUCUAACACAUUAACUUUAAAACAUAAUUUAAUAGAAAUGUAAUAUUUUAAUUUUUAUUUUAUUUUUUUUAUUUAACCUUUAUUUAUCCAGGAAAGGUCCCACUGAGAUUCAGUAUCUCUGUCAGGGUAAUCCUGGCUGUUGAAGGGAUCCAAACAUAGAGAUCAUGCAAACCCACAGAGGCCAGGUCUGGGAAUAAUCCCAAAAUCUCUCACAAUUUAUUGUGAGGUUUGGUCUCAGUUUUACCACUCAUUUGCUAAAUCCUUUUAUAUUUUUUUCAAUUUUAAGAGAAGUACAAGUAAUUGUGUGGAUAGUUUAUAAAUUUUUUCCCCCAUUGUUCAACAACAAUUUUGUAUAUGUUGUAGCUGGGUUUCAGUGAACAGCAUACACCAAUUCCUUUACACAGGAUUUACAAUUACAAUUUACUCCACAUACAAUUUUAUAUAAUUGUUUUGUUUGUCUUGCUCCUCCACUAUUCUUAUUUUUUCCCAGUAUUUUAACCUAAACACAAAAUGGAUUUUGUUGCAUUCGUCAGCCUAUGUUUCAGCCUACUGAAAAGUUGCAGUAGAUGAAAAAAAAAAAAAAAGUAUAAAUAAAUAUAGUAUUUAAUAUG